AUGUUCAACACCUACAUAAAGAGUCUGAAUGAUAUGGUAUUUACGUCUGAGAACUCAGAGGAGCAACAGAGUCCUGGUGUCCUGGGCCGAAUCGGGAGCUGGCUAUCUCCAUGGAGGGGAAGGAGUCCCAAAAGUCCUACGGAAAAUUCAUCUCUAACUUGUGAUCAGGCAGUCAAGUCAGAGGGAGAGUGUUGUGAAGAAUCUACACAAGCCGAGGCAAGGAAACACGAGCCGGAGGAGAAGGAACAAGUCUCCAAUCCCAAUUCACGGAGUCCCUCAAGAGACAUUUUCCACUUUGAAGAAGUGGACGCCACACAGUCUGCCCACAGAGAGGGCUCUGUUGUAAGCAGCAGAGAGACUCCUCCUAAAGAGGAGGAGUUUUUACUUAGCGAAAAGAAGCGAAUAGGGCAGGCCAAAGAGCGCUGUCAUGGCACUUCGGCAAGUGGGAAUUCUGACAGGAUUGCCAGUCAUUUAACGGAUCUCUCCAGCGCCUCCUCCUCUGAGCAGGGUGUGGUAUUGAAUUCUGACCAAGUUAACACUCAGCCUUUGGCCCAUAAACAUGCACAGGCCCAGACAGGAAAGAGGCUCCAUGUGUACCUGGAGGAGACAAGUGUGACUCACUGCGGGAAAGACAAAGUGACAGGACAAAAAGUUAUCCGCACUACGAUUGAGAAAAACCUACCAGUUUUAUCAAAGUCAAAAUCACCAAAGUCUCCAGGUUUUGAUUUAUCACGGAGCUCAGUUUCAAGCACUGAUGAAAAUAUAAACGCAAAUUUAAAGCCUGUGGUUGUACCACAGGAGGGAGUGUCACAGAACUUACAUAAAGACUGGCAGCUGGACCUAGGAAUAGACCAAGAACCAACAGAGGCUGGCAACAUGGGCCGUAAAAACUCUGCCAAGAGGAAAGGAAGGAAGAACUCUCAUGGAGAUGCCGCAUGUAGCCUUCAGGAAAAAAAUCCUUCCAAUGUCCAACCUGAGGGGGAAGGAAUCCCCUGUUCUGACAGCUCAACAUUCUUACCAGAGGGUGAAAGUCCACAGAGUCAAGGUGAAGAGCAGCCAUUAGACUCCUCCUCCAAGCACAGCCUCACCUCGCUGGCCUCACCUGGAGGUGGAGAAAAUGAGACUUCCUGUCCCAAGUAUGCAGACAAAUUCCUGGGCUCUGGAUCAGUCACUGAAACCCGUCUAACACGCGUCGUUGAUGACAGUGCAGACAUGGACGAGGAUGACAGCUUUUACAAAGUGGAGAGGAAGACAGAGACACCAGAGUCCAAACGGAGAAGUAUCAAGGUUUCUCGGAGUGAAGUGAAACUUUUUCCUAAAAAUGUGUCUUUGAGCUCCAAAAAAAGUAUAGCAGAAGUGGACCUUGAAUUGAGGUUGGCACGGGACCAAGACAAAAAUGAAGAAAAGGAAGGGACCAAAAAAGAAACUAAUGCAAGGCAGCAAGACAAGAAAGUUGAAGAAAAAAACGCCAUUGGCCGGAUUGCAGAUAAGAUCAAUUUAUUUGAAUGCCAGGGAACUGUGCCUGGCCUCAAAAGAUCCUUGCACAAUCCUAGGAGUGCUGAUGUCUCUCCUGCCAGGAGCACCACUGGGAAGCUUCAAGCUGAAUUUUUGUCAAGGUCAAAAUCAGCUGAGCGAUAUGGUGCUGCAAGUUCCAGUCCUGCGACACCCCAAAAUGAGAUUACACUGACGGUUAAAGAGAGAGCGAGGAACUUUGCAACCGAAUCAAGAAACAAUUCUAAAUCAAUGAUUCCUCAAAAGUCAACCAAGACGGGAACUACAAAAAAAUCCACCACAUCUGUGGCAACCACUGCAUUAAAGUCAUUAAAACCUGACUUUCAGGGUAAACUGGAUACUAAAGCGGUGACUGGGAUAACACUAAAACCAGAUGGACAGGAUACUACUGCUGAUGGGGUGAAGGCUUCCACACCUCUAGAACAACAUGGAACACUGACCUCAAAGGUAGUAGAUCAGGGCACAAAAUCAAAUAGCGUAGAAGUAAGUGUUUCAACGAAAGGCACAGGUGAUCAUGCCGAUCUGACUGAUAAUUUAAGUCCACGGUCCAAAGCACCUAACAGAUCAGGCUCUCGCUCCAAGCGGAGAAAAAGCAAGGAGGCCACUAGUCCAGUUAGCGAAAACCGGGAAAGUAAGCCAAAUCUAAGCAAGCAAGAGGCCACUUCUUUAAAUACACAUGUUGAUGAGCCAGUUUUUCUCCCAUCCGAUGAAGUAGAAGGAAUUAUAUCUAAUAAACAUACGUUUACAAAAGAGUCUGACAUUUCUGAUAAACAGCUGAAGUAUCUUGAUGGUAAAAACAUUGAUAAACUGGUCAACAGAGUUGAAAAAAUAACCGGACCUAAAUCCGUCAACAAAGACGAACCUGAUACUAUUGCUUCUAACGGGAAAGCAAAGAAACCUAUUGACAAUUCUUCGGUUAGUCUGGCCCAAAAGGAGGUAAAGGCAGAAAGAGAAAUUUUGUCACCCAAACAAAAUAUCAAAAAUAAUGCUGAGGAUGAGUCAUCUUCCAGGUCUCAGUUAGUUGAACAGCAUAUUAAGCAGCCCUCCACAGUGGUUCAGGACCCACCUGCUAAACAUCCAAAAUUAUAUGCGGACCCAGCAUCGCAGUCUUCACCAAUAAGUACACUAAAAACAAGACAGUCAGGUAAAAAAGAUACAGAAUAUGCACAGCCACUCCAAAAUAUGGACCCAAAGAAAACAAGUCAGAGUGAGACUAAAUAUGUUAAUGAAUCAAAAAGACAACUGGGAGAUAACAACAGGUUCCCUGAGGAAAAAGACAAAGACACUCUCCAAAAGAUUAUCCAUUCAGAUAAAACACAGACUCAAUUGACACCCACAAGUUUGCAGAGUAUACAAGACAAUUCCAAAAUAGAGGAAAGUGCUGUGAUGGAUAAUCAGGAAAAUCAGACAACGAUCAAAGAGACAAGGCCUCUUGAAAAUAUAAAUAAAACAGAGUUAAUACAAGCUGAAGGAGCCUCAAACCUCCCUACUUCAAAACUAACUGUCAAUCAAACGGCUACUACAAAUCAAGGGAGAGCUGAGGUCAACAUGGUUAACCAGGAGACUGGAAAAAAGCGUGCUCAAAGGUCUUCCAAUGAAUUUGAACCAGUGGAAAAACUUGAAGGGUCUCUCAGUCAGUCCUCAAAUAAACAUAAAGGCAUUGCUGCUGAUUCAAAGUACGAGCAAGUGACUGCAAGAGUUUCUCAUGAUCUCCCAGCGCUGAUAAGUGAGCAGACUGACAAUACAGCAACUGUUAAAGGCUCUACUCAAAUAUCUGCUCAGAACAAUGAUGGAGAAAGCCAGAGCAGUCAAACUCAGAGGUCAAAAGGAAGCUUCAAUGCGGGAGGAGUUGAAGCUUCAAAAACAAAAUCAAGUUGCCCUCAGUUUGAGGAACUAAAUAAUACAGUGAAAACAAGUGAUCUUACCUCAUUCAAGGACUCAGACAAAAAACAGCAAAGGUCUUCUGACAGUACCCUAACUAGCUCCACAGUUAUUGGACAAGAGAAGAAAGAUACGAAAGAGAUUGAGCUUCCCCCUAGCGUCAGUGGUGAUCUUUCUUCACAAUUAAACACAGGCAAAGAUGAACAAGUCGAAAGCAAACAAACUCCAACUUCAAAAGUAUCAACUUCCCCAAAGGCUAAAAAGCUGAACUCAGACUCAGUGCAGCUGUCAUCUCCUAAGAGACUGCAUUCUCCACGAGGACUAAGCAGAGAUGAUUCUUCGCUUCAACAGGAUGCUCCAUCAAGUUGGCUCGAUGUGGACUUUCCCAAACAGAGACUCAAAUUCCCAGGAGCAAAGCUUAGUGCUUCUGUUAGUGAGAGCAAUCUUCUGGACACUGACGACCUCGAUGAUGAAAACUUUAUUGAGCGAAUCAAGAAACUUUGUGCUCCUUUUUCCCUACCACCUCGUAAACACAACCCACUACGGACGCCUCAACCCCCAUUUGCAAUGCCAGCCAUCAAGGAAGACCACUUUGAAAAGACAUUUGACCCAGAGGAAUUUAAAUUUGGCCUUAGGAAGAAAAAUCGGUCCUUUGAUACAGGCCCAAGUUUAUUAGCCAAGCUUCAAAACCCAGAAAUUAAAGGUUCUGCAAAGCCUGCUCGGGUGAGUAUUGCUGAUAGGUGUCUUUUGAUCAGUAGUCUGGAUAAUUCUCAACUAAAAGAAAAGACACCUAAGAAAGAUGAAGAGGGCAUCAAGGAGGAGAAAGAUGAUCACAUUGUUGUGAAGUCUCGCUUAGAAGGAAGCUGUGUACUUAGCAGUCUAACUACCCACAGUGCUAGGGGGAGAAGAAAUGGGGUUCAGGCACUGUCAGAAAGAACCAACUCAACAGAUGUAUCGCCUGAGCUUAGCCCCUCAUCAGAUCCAACUACGCCUAUUCAGACUAGCACCAUUUCAUUUGCUGAAAAUUCCACCACGCAAAGGAGAGAUCAAACCCAACCGACAGAAGCCGUGGUCAGUGACUCAGGUCCUCCAUUUCCCUCGUUUAACGACAUCAAGCUGCCUGACUAUUUAGAGAAGUACCUCCCUCGGGAACCAGUAAAAACAGAGCAGAGAAUACAAGAACAGCCGCAAAUCAAAGCAGAGGUUACUGAAAAAAUGUCAACUCCAGCUUCUGUCCCUGACGCGGAUCUGAUUGCAAAACCAAGCAUGAACCUCCCUAAUAAUGUGUCUCCUUUUGGAAAUGGAAAUACAUCUCAAAUUUACCCAGCACAUUCAGAGCUAAAGCACUCUCUGACUCAGAGGAUGCGUAGUAAUCAUGCAAGGACUGCAAAAGGAUUUCAUAAGCGACCUGGAAAGAUAAUGUUGUUCCAAAAUGCCCAGUUCAGUGGACAGGUUUAUGAGAUCUAUCGAGAUGUAGAGGAUGCGACUCACCUGCAGUUCUCAAGCAUCAUAUCUGUGAAGGUCAUAAGAGGAUGCUGGAUCCUCUACGAGAAACCAGACUUUCAAGGACGCUGUAUUGCUUUGGAGGAGGGGGGGCUCGAAUUGACAAAUGAGUGGGCAGACCCCGAGACAAACACCACUUCACCAAUGCUGAUUGGGUCUAUUCGUCUUGCCAUCCGUGAUUACAGCACCCCUCAAAUUGAUCUUUUCACGGAACCCGAGGGCCACGGUAGACUGACGUCUUACCAUGACGACGCCAUAGAGAUUGGCUCUUUUGGCAUCCCGCUGAGCACUGCUUCCAUCCAAGUUCACGCCGGGGUAUGGCUGGUGUUCAGUGAUCCAGGCUUCCAGGGUAUGCUCGCUGUUCUAGAAACAGGAGUGUACCCUGUUCCUGAGGCCUGGGGCUUCCCAUCGCCAUUUGUGGGAUCUCUCAAACCCCUUAAAAUGGGUGGUUUUAAAGUGGAAAAUCCGAAUGAAGUUAAGGCUUUGGUGUACGAAAAGCCUGGACUAGAAGGUUCCUAUUUGGAAAUCGACAGUGACAUUUUCAACUUCUGUGAUGAUGAAGGAGACGAAACAAACUCCAACACCCUCAAGCUGAAGUCUGUGGGUUCUAUGAAGAUAAUCGGAGGAUUUUGGGUCGGCUAUAGUGAGGAAGGAUUUGAAGGGCAACAAUACAUGCUGGAGGAAGGAGAGUACAUGGACUGUAACGACUGGGGAGGCUCGGGGCAGAUACUCUCACUACGGCCGAUCCUGUCGGAUUUCCUGUCGCCGCACCUCAAAAUGUUCAGCAACCAAGAUUUUAGUGACCGAGGCAUGAACAUCGACCUAAUCGUGCCUGUCAUAAACAUGGACGACACAGGUUACGGCACUAAGACGCAGUCUGUUGAUGUCAUCAGUGGCACCUGGGUUGUGUUUGAAGACCCUGGUUUUUGUGGAGAGUCUUACAUCUUGGAAAAAGGCUUGUAUGGAAACCCGGAAGACUGGGGGUCACUGCAGCACCGGAUUUCCUCCGUAAUGCCUGUUGUACUGGAUGAUUUUGAGAACGUGGCUAAAUUUAAGGUCCAGCUCUUCUCCAAGCCAGGUUUUCAAGGCACUGCCCUCACUUUAGAGAACAGUGUGGCGACCCUGCAGGAAGGCUUCUCAGUGGCCUCCUGCAAAGUUCUAGUGGGCAGCUGGCUCGCAUUCGAAGCACAGGACUACGCUGGCAAGAUGUAUCUGCUGGAGGAGGGAAACUACCAGGAUAUGAGGGCAAUGGGUUGUAUCAACCCGAGUGCGACCAUCCUCUCAGUCCAGACUGUCGGCUUUGAGUUUUCUCAGCCUUCCAUCAUUCUUUUUGAGCGCAGUGGUCUGCGUGGAAAGCGGGUGGUGCUGACUAAUGGAUGUGUCAACCUUCAGCUGGCUGAAGGCUGCGCUCGGGUCCAGUCGGUGCUGGUGGAGGGGGGCAUGUGGAUAUUAUAUGAGGGCAUCAACUAUCGGGGUGCUCAGAUUUUAAUCAAACCUGGUGAGGUACCUGACUGGCGCCAGUUUAGCAAGUGGAGUAAAAUUGGAUCCCUCCGACCCCUUUUACAGAGGCACGUACACUUCAGGUUAAGAAACAGACAAACGAGACUUAUGAUGUCAGUGACCGGUGACCUGGAAGAUGUCAAACUGCUACGGAUUCAAGAGGCCGAGGCGACUGACGGUCUUGAGCAGAUUUGGGUCUACCGUGGCGGCCAUCUCCAUUGCAAGCUCCUUGAAGAGUGCUGCCUAAGUCCAAGUGGUAGCGUGACCAUUGCGGGAAGCCGGGUGGGCCUAACUUCAGAGGUGGAGAACCAUGCGUGGAGCAUCACCCCUGAAGGCUUUAUCCGCUAUUUGCCUACCUCUGAUCUAGUCCUGGAAGUAAAAGGGGGGCUUCAUUAUGACAAAAACCAAGUGAUUCUCAACACUCUGGAUCGAAAUAAAGCACACCAGAAGUGGGAUGUGGAAAUUAUUUAA